AUGACCAACAAACCAGUUGUAAAAAUGCAACGAAAUCAGCGGAAGAUGAAAGCAUUACCAUCUCAGAUGAAAGCAUUACCAUCUCAGAUGAAAGCACCAUCUCAGAUGAAAGCAUUACCAUCUCAGAUGAAAGCAUUACCAUCUCAGAUGAAAGCAUUACCACCUCAGAUGAAAGCAUUACCAUCUCAGAUGAAAGCAUUACCAUCUCAGAUGAAAGCAUUACCAUCUCAGAUGAAAGCAUUACCAUCUCAGAUGAAAGCAUUACCAUCUCAGAUGAAAGCAUUACCAUCUCAGAUGAAAGCAUUACCAUCUCAGAUGAAAGCAUUACCAUCUCAGAUGAAAGCAUUACCAUCUCAGAUGAAAGCAUUACCAUCUCAGAUGAAAGCAUUACCAUCUCAGAUGAAAGCAUUACCAUCUCAGAUGAAAGCAUUACCAUCUCAGAUGAAAGCAUUACCAUCUCAGAUGAAAGCAUUACCAUCUCAGAUGAAAGCAUUACCAUCUCAGAUGAAUGCAUUACCAUCUCAGAUGAAAGCAUUACCGUCUCAGAUGAAAGCAUUACCAUCUCAGAUGAAAGCAUUACCAUCUCAGAUGAAUGCAUUACCACCUCAGAUGAAAGCAUUACCAUCUCAGAUGAAAGCAUUACUAUCUCAGAUGAAAAUCAUCUUGACAGUCGCCGUCAAACUGCACUUGACAACUUGA